AUGUGCGCAAAGCCGAGUGAUUUACUUAAUGACUUAUCUAAUGACUUCAGUCAAUUGCUUGACAGCAAAGAAAGUUGUGAUGUCACCAUAUUCGCCGGGGAGGAGCCGGAUAUGAAAGAGUUGAAGGCACAUUCGUUGAUUUUACGUAUACGUUGCCCACAUUUUAAAGCGCUUUUGUCAAAUGAACGAUCCAGUACCGAUGGAAAGAAUUCUGUUAUAAUUAAACAAACUAUUGCGCCCGCAGUUUUUGAAUUGAUACUCAGAUAUAUCUACACAGGCGCAAUUGAUCUUGACGGUCAAGAUGGCCCAUCAAUCUUAAAGAUUCUUGUGGCGGCUGAAGAGCUGGAUCUUAAUCGCUUAAUUAAUUACAUUCAAAACUUUUUAAUUGAAGAGAAAACACAAUGGCUCCAGGAAGAUCCGGUCCAGAUACUCGAUCUUGUCUUUCAGCAUCCUGCUUGCAAGUCAUUACGUGAUUACUGUCUCCAAGCUAUCUGUCAGACACCAGAACUUAUUUUUAAUUCCGAGAACUUUCUUUCAAUUGAUGAAUCAAUGUUGAUUCUAUUGCUCACACGAGAUGAUCUAGCUAUGGAUGAGAUUGACGUAUAUGAGCAUUUAAUGAAAUGGGGCAUCGCACAAAAUAGUCAGCUCACCUCUGAUAUCUCAAAGUGGACUUCCGGAGAUUACGCCAUAUUGGAAGCAACCGUUCAUCAAUUGAUUCCAUUAGUACGAUGGUUCCAGAUUCCACCCGCUGAUUUCUCGCGCAAAGUACGACCUUACAAGAAGAUUCUACCUGAAGCGCUUUAUGAAGACAUCUUGAGUUACCAUUUGGACUCUGAAUGUCAUAUUGAAUCGACAGUUCUGCAGCCGAGAGUUCCAUUCUUUGAUUCCACUACAAUUACAUCCAAUAUAGUUGCUCUACUGGCAACCUGGAUAGAUUGUAAAAGUAAGGAUGCCAGCUACAAGUUGCAGAAGAAUCCAUAUGACUUUAAAGUCAUAUUUAGGGCUAGCCGUGAUGGGUUCAAUCACACUACAUUUCACCGACGCUGCGACAACAAGGGACCUAGCAUUCUCGUAGUGAAACUGGCAAAAUCGUCGAUGUUAAUUGGCGGAUAUAACCCUUUGGAUUGGGGAUUGUAUGGUUUCCAACAAUCGCGUACUAGCUUUUUAUUUAUGCUGGACAAGGAUAAGGACCUCGAUUCCGCAACCAUAUCACGUGUCAUCAAUCCAGGCACUGAGGCCAUUUGUUGUGAAGCGACGAAGGGACCAACGUUUGGAAGCGGUCCCGAUUUUGCAAUCAAUAAUGACAAGACUUGGGCAUCAAUUUCGAAAUCAUACCCAUCGAUAUUUGAUAAUGUAAAGGGAACUAUUGAAGACUAUGAAGUAUUUACUGUUUGCAAAAAGUCAGAACGGCAUGUUAACAGCUCGACUCUCAGAAGUCCAACAGCCGAGUCUCCGACGAAUGGUAGAGGAACCAAGAAAUUAACAAAGUUCUGGCGUUUACAAUAA